CCGCGAAACUCUGGCAUGAACGCUGUAAGAAGAAUUCGCACGUACUGAAUGACUGCAACUGGUGUUGGUGCGACGACUCUACCUAUCAGUACAGAUGUAGUGCCCGAGUCUGCGGACAGGUCGAUAUGUUUGGACACUUCAACGAUGCCAUUAAAGAAAUAAACGUUGGAAUGGAAGGCAAAGGUAGCUGGCGUUCAACGGAAUCAGCUUGCGUCCCAGGAGCUUACUACCGACGUGGCACUGUCCUUUGCGUCUGCAACGAGGACGGCUACUGGCCUAACCCUGUCUGUAGAGAUAUCUUCCGAAUCCUACACUCCGUUGAAGUAACCCGAGGUAUUGAAGUUACUCAGAAAUGUGAACCAACGAAAUUAUAUCUAGUAAGUUGCAAUGUAUGCUUUUGUCCGUCGACAGGACUUUUAAAUUUAGAAUUCUGCACAAAAUUAACAUGCUCCAAUGAAGAUCCUGUUUUAAACGCAACUUCUGUAACCGAAGUGAAACCAGAGCCUAAAGAAGAUAUAGAAGUAUACGCAACUUGUAAUACAACUAUGUUAUAUACACUCGGCUGUCAAACUUGUACUUGUCUACGUAAUAAUAGACUACUCUGUGACAAUUGUACAUCUGUGGAGAAAAGUAAAAUCAAAUCUAAUACUACAAACACUAACGAAACGAUUUGUGAAAAUUACGAAAUCGGUCAAAUAUUUAACGUCGAAUGCAAUUUAUGUUUUUGUGAUGAAAACUCAUCUAUGUAUUGCACGACUAGACAAUGUUUGAAACGAUUUCCAAUCAAACCAAUACAGCUCAGUACAUUCCAGUCCAGUUUAACACCUAUAGAUGACUACGAAUGUCAACCUGGUACAAAAUAUAGUCGAGACUGCGACGUAUGUUAUUGUGAAAAACAAAACGGUGUAACAGCAUUUAGCUGUACGAUAAAACAAUGUAGUCCUAAACCUAAAAUGGAUCUUGUAGUCACAGAUUGUGUUGAAGGUACUAUAUACGAAAGGAACUGUUUGAUAUGUCGAUGUGACAUAUUAGAGGUUAAAAGGGAGACUUGUAUAGUUGAUAAAAGAUGUUUAAGAAUACAUGGAGACAAAGAAAUUCAUACACCUGGAUUAGAAUUAUUAUACGGCUAUUGUCAACCAUUACAUAUUUAUACAAACAAUUGUAAUAUUUGUCAAUGUGCUGCGAAUGGUAAAUUAUGGAAAUGUACUACUAAUAAUUGUGUAAAACCAGCUCCUAUCAUUGUUGAUUUGGUGCCAGUGUUACCGAAAUAUCCCGAUCCAUGUCCGAAAGGAGGUUCUUAUAAAAUAGAUUGCAAUGUAUGUUUUUGUUUGGAUAAUGGUAAUGCUAUUUGUACUACAAAUGAUUGUGAAAAUAAAGAAAACGUAAAGUGAAUUAAAAUACAUUAAUAAAUAAAAUAUAUAGUCUAAC